GUCGUGUGUGUGUUAAGCCGUGUCGGCUGAACUGACCAGCAGACCUUUAUCACCCCCUCUCUCCUCCUCCUCCUCGCUCCCUCCAUCCUGCCCGAUGUCCUGCUGCAUGUGCACCAUAAGCCCGGCCUCCUCUAAGCAGGAUCAUGAGUGUGAAUGAGGGAGUGUGUCACUGACCGGCUGCUGCUGCUGCCUGACCCAACAUCUCUCAGAGACAGGCUGCUGAAUUCAAUCUGAACAAUCUGAGGACUUGUGGACUUACCUGAAGAGUGUGGAGGAAGAGAAGGUGAAAUAAAAAGAAAGGAAAAGGUUGGAGGGUGAAUUACUCAGACUCUAAAAGGAUCCUCAGGAUAUGGUGUCUUCGAAUGUCCAGAAGUAAACCAGAAACAUGGUCAUUCUGCAGCAGGGGGACUAUGUCUGGUUGGAUCCCAAGACCGGCCAUGAGUUUGACGUUCCUCUCGGAGCUGUGGUCAAGCGCUGUGACUCGGGCCAGAUCCAGGUUUUGGAUGAUGAGGGUCAUGAGCACUGGAUCUCCCCUCAGAAUGCUACUAACAUAAAGCCCAUGCACCCCACCUCCAUCCACGGAGUGGAGGACAUGAUUCAGCUGGGGGAUCUGAACGAGGCGUGCAUCCUCAGAAACCUCUUCAUCCGCUACAGAGACAGGGUCAUUUAUACAUACACAGGCUCCAUCCUGGUGGCGGUGAACCCUUACCAGCUGCUGCCCAUCUACACCCCAGACCACAUCCGCCUCUACUCCAACAGGAAGAUCGGAGAGAUGCCUCCGCACAUCUUCGGCAUCGCUGAUAACUGCUACUUCAACAUGCAGCGGAACAACAAGGACCAGUGCUGCAUCAUCAGUGGUGAAUCCGGGGCGGGGAAGACUGAAAGCACUAAGCUGAUCCUGCAGUUUCUGGCUGCUAUCAGUGGACAGCACUCCUGGAUCGAGCAGCAGGUCCUGGAGGCAAACCCUAUUCUAGAAGCGUUCGGCAACGCCAAGACCAUCCGCAACGACAACUCCAGCCGCUUCGGGAAAUACAUCGAUAUUCACUUCAACAGGAGAGGAGCCAUUGAGGGGGCAAAGAUAGAGCAGUACCUGCUGGAGAAGUCCAGGGUUUGCAGACAGGCUCCAGAUGAGAGAAACUACCACAUAUUCUACUGCAUGCUGCGGGGGAUGAGUUCAGACCAGAAGACUAAGCUCGGACUCGGCCUGGCUACAGACUACAACUAUCUAACCAUGGGGAACUGUACAGUGUGUGACGGGCGAGACGAUAUGAAGGAGUACUCCAGCAUCCUGUCAGCCAUGAAGGUCCUGAUGUUCACGGACACAGAGAACUGGGAGAUCUCCAAGCUGCUGGCUGCCAUCCUGCACAUGGGCAACCUGCGCUUUGAGGCCCGCACAUUUAAACACCUGGACUCCUGUGUGGUGGUGCGAUCACCUGACCUGGCCAAAGCUGCAACUCUGUUGGAGGUGGACCCUCAGGAUGUAAUGACUUGCUUGACCACUCGCACACUCAUCACUCGGGGGGAGAGCGUGUCCACCCCUCUCAGUGUGGACCAGGGUCUCGAUGUUCGGAAUGCUUUCGUCAAGGGAAUAUAUGGGAGAUUAUUUGUGUGGAUAGUGGAAAAAAUCAAUGCUGCCAUCUAUAGAACUCUGUCCAAUCAGGACAAUGAUAUCCCCAGGUCCAUUGGGCUGCUGGACAUCUUUGGUUUCGAGAAUUUUAACAUCAACAGCUUUGAGCAACUCUGCAUCAAUUUUGCUAAUGAGAAUCUGCAGCAGUUCUUUGUGCGGCACGUCUUUAAGCUGGAGCAGGAGGAGUACAACCUGGAGCGCAUCAACUGGCAGCACAUCGAGUUCACUGACAACCAGGAUGCCCUGGACAUGAUCGCCAUCAAACCCAUGAACAUCAUCUCCCUCAUCGAUGAGGAGAGCAAGUUCCCCAAGGGAACUGAUGCCACCAUGCUGAGCAAACUGAACUCCCAGCACAAACUCAGCAUCAACUACAUCCCCCCUAAGAACAGUCACGAGACCCAUUUUGGAAUUCAGCACUUUGCUGGAGUGGUUCAGUAUGAAACUAAAGGUUUUCUAGAGAAGAACAGAGACAGCCUCCACAGUGACAUCAUCCAGCUGGUGCACUCCUCCAAAAACAAGUUCAUCAAGCAGAUCUUCCAGGCUGAUGUGGCAAUGUUUCUCUGUGGCUAUUUGCAGCCCACCACAUCCCCUCACAAGGGUGUGGAGACGAGAAAGCGAUCUCCGACUCUGAGCAGUCAGUUCAAGCGUUCUCUGGAUCUGCUCAUGCGAACCCUGAGUGUGUGUCAGCCUUUCUUCGUACGCUGCAUCAAACCCAAUGAGCUCAAGAAGCCAAUGCUGUUUGAUAGAGGCCUGUGCGUACGACAGUUGCGGUAUUCCGGCAUGAUGGAGACGAUCCGGAUCCGCAGGGCUGGAUACCCAAUCCGCUACACCUUCGCUGAAUUUGUAGAUCGCUACAGAGUCCUAAUGCCUGGGGUCAAACCAGCCCACAAACAGGAGGAUCAUCGAGGGACGUGCCAGAGAAUAGCAGUGUCAGUGCUGGGGCGAAAUGAGGACUGGAAGAUCGGGAGGACAAAGAUCUUCCUCAAGGAUCACCAUGACGUGCAGCUGGAGAUUGAGAGGGAUAAAGCCAUCACAGACAAGGUCAUCCUGAUCCAGAAAGCAGUGCGGGGAAUGAAAGACAGGGCCAACUUCCUGAAGGCUAGGAGCGCUGUGAUUGUGAUCCAGACCAUGUGGAGAGGCUUUAUCUGCAGAAAGAACUACAGAGUGAUGCGUACAGGUUUCUUGCGGCUGCAGGCACUGUGUCGCUCCCGGAAGCACUACCUGGCGUACCGAGAUUCCAGGACACGCAUCAUCCAGCUGCAGGCCCGCUGCCGUGCGUUCCUGAUCAGACGGACGUUCUGCACACGUUUAAAUGCCAUCUGCACGAUCCAGGCCUACGCCCGCGGCAUGAUUGCUCGCAGACGGUGCAAGCACCUCAGACUGGAGAGAGAGCGCAGGCUGGAGGCUGAGCGGCAGCGUCUGGCUGAAGAGGAGAGGUUGAGGAAUCUGAUGACGGCGAGGAGAGCUCGGGCCGAGGCCGAGAGGAAGCAUCAGGAGCGUCUGGCUCAGCUGGCCCUCGAGCAGGAGGAGAGGGAGCGAGCCGAGCGGGAGGAGGCGUGCAGGAAGAAGGAGCUGCUGGAGCAGAUGGAGCAGGCCAGGCAGGAACCCGUCAGUGAUUCAGACAUGGUAGACAAGAUGUUCGGCUUUCUGGGGAGCACCUCCCUGCCCAACCUGGAGGGAGAUGCACCUGCAGGAUUCGAGGACCUAGAAUACGUUUCCAAGGACUAUGAAGACGACAGCAUCGAUGAGGCUCUUCCUCUUCCCAACGAAGAACAAGAGGAUCUAUCAGAGUACAAGUUUGCGAAGUUUGCUGCCACUUACUUCCAGGGUAACACGACUCACACGUACGUGCGCCGGCCGCUCAAACAGCCUCUGCUUUUCCUUGAAGAUGAAGGCGACCAGCUGGCUGCGCUGGCUGUGUGGGUGACUGUGCUGAGGUUUAUGGGGGACAUGCCAGAGCCCAAAUAUCAGAUCAGCAUCAGCGACGGCAGCGAGAAAAUCCCAGUCAUGACCAAGAUCUACGAGACCCUGGGCAAGAGAACCUACAAACGAGAGCUGCAGGCCCUGCAGGGGGACGAGGAGAGUUCCAUUAUUGACAGCCAAAAGAGGAACAGCGUCCGGCAUAAACUGGUGUCUCUCACUCUAAAGAAGAAGUCAAAAAUUACAGAGGAGGUGACGCGCCGGCUGACUGAAAGCGACUACAGUUUACAGGGAAACAGCAUGCUGGAGGACCGGCCGACGUCCAACCUGGAGAAACUUCACUUCAUCAUUGGCAAUGGCAUUUUACGACCUGCUGUCAGAGAUGAGAUCUACUGUCAGAUCUGUAAGCAGCUGACUCAGAACCCGUCUAAAAGCAGCCAUGCUCGCGGCUGGAUCCUGCUCUCACUCUGCGUGGGCUGUUUCGCACCAUCAGAGAAAUUUGUCAAAUACCUGCGCACCUUUAUUAACUCCGGGCCUCCGGGCUACGCCCCGUACUGCGAAGAGAGACUCAGACGCACUUUUGUGAACAAGACCAGAACUCAGCCUCCCUCCUGGCUGGAGCUGCAGGCCACUAAAUCCAAGAAGCCCAUCAUGUUACCGGUGACCUUCAUGGAUGGCACCACUAAGACCCUGCUGACUGAUUCAGCCACCACAGCUAAAGAGCUCUGCAAUGCUCUGGCGGACAAGAUCGGCCUGAAGGAUCGUUUCGGCUUCUCUCUUUACAUCGCUCUGUUUGAUAAGGUAUCUUCUCUGGGCAGUGGAAAGGACCAUGUGAUGGAUGCGGUGUCUCAGUGUGAGCAGUACGCCAAAGAGCAGGGGGCUCAGGAGCGUAACGCCCCCUGGAGGCUGUUCUUCAGGAAGGAAAUCUUCACACCCUGGCACAACCCUGCUGAGGACAGCGUGGCCACUAACCUCGUCUACCAGCAGAUCGUCCGUGGGGUGAAGUUCGGGGAGUACCGCUGUGACGGGGAGGAGGACUUGGCUGAGCUGGCCUCUCAGCAGUAUUAUAUAGAGUACGGCUGUGAGAUUCUGCAGGACCGCCUGCUGAGCCUCAUCCCCUCCUACAUCCCCGACCGAGAGAUCAGCUCCUCCAGAACCAUGGACAAGUGGGCUCAGGUCAUCAUGACCACUCACAAAAAGGGAAUAUACACACAGAAGAGGUUCGACCCGCAGAGAGUGAAGGAGGAGGUGGUGGACUUCGCUCGCUUUAAGUGGCCUUUGCUUUUCUCACGCUUCUAUGAGGCCUUCAAGUUCUCAGGGCCCAGUCUGCCAAAGAAUGAUGUAAUAGUAGCGGUGAACUGGACUGGAGUUUACUUUGUGGAUGAACAGGAGCAGGUUCUUCUGGAGCUUUCCUUCCCUGAGAUCACUGCAGUUUCCAGCAGCAGAGGAGGAAAACUCCAGGGCCACAGCUUCACUCUGGCCACUAUUAAAGGAGACGAGUACACCUUCACCUCCAACAACGCAGAAGACAUUCGUGAACUGGUCGUCAACUUCUUAGAUGGUCUUCGUAAGAGAUCUAAGUUCGUGGUGGCUCUGGUGGACAGCCAUAACAUGGCAGGGCAUGACUCCUCGUUCCUGAGUUUCUCAAAGGGAGAUUUGAUCCUGCUGGAUGAACACACAGGAGAGCAUGUACUGACCUCUGGCUGGGCUCACGGAGUCAAUGACAGGACCAAGAAGAGGGGGGACUUCCCAGCAGACAGCGUCUACGUCCUGCCCACCAUCACCAGACCCCAGUAUGAUAUUGUGGCGUUGGUGACGAUGUCUCCAGACCAGCGGAAGGAUUCUAUAAGUUUAUCACAGCUUAAUAUGGUGGAGAGUGAGGAGAAAGUGAAGCCCUACACUUUGGAGGAGUUUUCUGUUGAUCACUUCAGACCUCCUCCUAAGAGCACUCUGAGUCGUGUGAUGAUCAGUAAAGGCAGGGGAAAGGAUAAGCUGUGGUGCUGCUCCAGAGAACCUCUCAAGCAGCCCCUGCUGAAGAAGGUCCUCAACAAUGAAGAGCUCUGUCAGGAAGCCUGCCUGGCCUUCAUAGCUAUCAUGAAGUAUAUGGGUGACUACCCGUCUAAGAGAACUCGCUCGGUCAAUGAACUGACCGAUCAGAUCUUCGAGGGACCUCUGAAGGCUGAACCACUGAAGGACGAGAUCUUCUGCCAGAUAAUGAAGCAGCUCACUGAAAACCAUGUGAAGUUCAGUGAGGAGAAGGGCUGGGAGCUGCUGUGGCUUUGUACUGGCCUCUUCCCUCCCAGUAACAACCUCCUGCCUCACGUGCAGAAGUUCCUGCAGUCCAGGAAGCACCACCCGCUGGCCCCGGACUGCAUGCAGAGGCUGCAGAAAGCCUUGAGAAACGGCUCCAGAAAGUAUCCUCCUCACCUGGUGGAGGUGGAAGCCAUCCAGCACAAGACCACACAGAUCUUUCACAAGGUCUACUUCCCUGAUGACACAGAUGAGGCUUUUGAAGUGGAGUCAAGCACAAAGGCCAAAGACUUCUGUCUGAACAUUUCUGGCAGAAUGCUGCUCAAAUCAUCUGAGGGCUUCAGUCUGUUUGUCAAGAUUUCUGAUAAGGUCAUCAGUGUGCCAGAUGGAGAUUUCUUUUUUGACUUUGUGAGACACCUCACUGACUGGAUCAAGAAGAACAGACCUGUAAAGGAUGCUAUAGUGCCUUCACUGACGUAUCAGGUGUAUUUCAUGAAGAAACUGUGGACCAAUACUGUGCCAGGCAAAGACUCGAUGGCCGACUCCAUCUUUCACUACUACCAGGAGCUUCCUAAAUACCUGCGUGGAUACCACAAGUGCCCUCAUGAAGAGGUCUUCCAGCUGGCAGCUCUGAUUUACCGGGUGAAGUUUGAAGAGGAUAAAUCUCAGUUUAUCAACAUCUCCAAGAUCCUGAAAGAGCUCGUCCCUCAAGAUCAAAUCAGACAGCUCUCACCUGAUGACUGGAAACGGUCCAUUGUGUCCUGCUUCAACAAACACGCAGGAAAAACUCGAGAAGAGGCCAAACUCAUGUUCCUGAAGAUCGUUUACAAGUGGCCCACUUUUGGAUCAGCCUUUUUUGAAGUAAAGCAAUCCACUGAUCCAAAUUUCCCUGAGGUUCUGCUGAUCGCUAUCAACAAGCACGGUGUUAGUCUCAUCGACCUGAAAACAAAGGACAUCCUGAUGACACACCCCUUCACCAAAAUCUCCAACUGGAGCAGCGGAAACACAUAUUUCCACAUUACCAUCGGCAACCUGGUGAGAGGCAGCAAACUGCUGUGUGAGACGUCUCUGGGUUAUAAAAUGGAUGACCUCCUCACAUCCUACAUCAGUCAGAUGUUGACCACAAUGACGAAACAGCGAAGUUCUCGUGGAAAGAGCAAGUGAAGCAGCAGCACACAGGCCAGGACUGGUGGUUGCUCACCGCCUCACACAACAGAUACACAACUUUUGCUAACUGAACAAAUGACCAGCCUUUUUCUGUUCUGUCAAUUCUGUUACACUAAACCACUAAAACACUACUUGUUUUUUACUUAUCUGCUCUUUUUAUGUUCUAUCAGAGCCUUAAUUUCAAAGCGUACAUUUAUAGUGGUCCUGGGACGUGUGGAGACCUUCUAAUGAAUGCAUUCAGCUAUACAUUAAGUUACACUCAUUGCUGAUUUACCCUGCAUUAAGCUGUAGGAGAGUGGAGAGGGCUGUGUUCUCUGGAGUGAUGAUGGUAGGGUGGCGAUUGUCCAACAUCUGAACAGCUGAAUGCAAUCAAAAUCUUACAGCUAUGCUCAAAACUCUAGUAGAAAGUCUUUUCUGGACAGUAAAGACAGUUAUUCCAAUGAAAAACAAGGCAAUCUUUUUUAAAAUACCCUAGAUUUCAAGGAAAACGUGAAUGAGCAGGUGUCCCGAUUCUUUUGUCCACAUGGAAUUAGGAGCUACAUUACAGUGAUCAAACCACUGAGAAUGCAUGAUAGACACUGUUAGAGCUGUUCCUUAGAUUCAGUGUUCUAACUUUCACACCAUGGGUUAAAAAAAGGCAUGCAUAGCUGAAGUUUUGUUAGUUUAUUUGUGUGUUUUUAAGGUUACACAUGGCACAGAUCGACCCUUUUAUUAGUGCCUUUAAAUGAUAUCUACCUACAUCUAGGGUGUUUUUUACACCUGCAGUUCUUAAUCCACUUAAAUUGAAUUCGAUUGGUUUGAUUGCACUCUUGUUGUGGUUUGUUUGGGCAGGUGUGAAUACAGUAAUUUGACUCAUAUGUGCACCAUUUUUAAGGUUGUGGCAACCUAAACCUUAAAAAGGAAUAUAGUGAUAUUUUAACAUUGAGAGAUUUAGAACUCUGCUAGAAAACCUCAACCCUCAACUCUUUUAUAUUUGACAUUCUUAAUAAAAAAAUGCUUUUAUGCUAAACUUAACCUUCAUAUAAUUAUUUUUGACCAAGAUUGAAGCAAAAUUAAAUGUUUUCCCAUUUUCUCCCCAAUUUUGCUCAGCCACUCAUUAGGUGGCUCAUAACCCACUCAUAACCCAGCCACUCAUAACCCACUCAUUAGGUCUCCCCAUUCACUAGUGACGCCCCAACACACCAGGAGGGUGAAGACUAGCACAUGCCUCCUCCGAUACAUGUGAAGUCAGACACCACUUCUUUUCAAACUGAUGCUGCUGAUGCAGCAUUACAGAGUAGCAUCACAGCGCACUCGGAGGAAAGCGCAGCGUCUCGGUUUUGAUGCAUCAGCUCACAGACGCCCUGUGCUGCGGACAUCACCCUAGAAGUGAUGUGGAGGUUCGAACCUGCCACUUCCCUCUCAUAGUGGCAGCGCUUUAGACCGCUGGACCACUCAGCACCCCACAAGCAUUCCCCCGAGACUAUAUUAGGACACCCUUCGGGGUCCCAACUCCCAGUCUUCUUUUUCCUGCAUUGUUUUCAUUUCUUGCUCCACCCAAGACAAAUCUAACCAAUAUAGAGAGAGAAUGUAAUCACAUGGUUUGUUGUGACACAUUUUGGUUGCCCUCUUGUGUUAAAACAAACCAAACCAAGCAGAAAUGUUCCAAGUUUACAAAAUCAUUAACAGAUUCAGAAAAGAGUGAAGAGACUGCAGGUAUAAAAAGGUCCUAAUUCUUUUUUUUUAUUGCAUAUCUUGCAAAAUGUUAUUUUCUAGCGUUGUAAUAAACUAGUGUUUUGAUUGGUCAUUUGCUCCCAUUGCAAAUGACCACAGUCCUAAAGCACAGUUUAACAUAAAGCUCAGGACUGUAGCCCAGUGUACUGUAAAGCUGCUUAAAGUACCUCUGAUAUCCUACUUGAUUCUUUUACCACAAAUGUUACCUUGACUUUAUACAGGAUAAAUCUUUUCCCAUAUAAAUGAUGGACCAAGUAUUACAUAACGGCUGUAUACUGAAGUGUUUGUGUAAGAGUGAGUUAUUUUAUAACACUCAUCUAUGCAUAAAGUGGCUAAAAUCAAGCUAGUGUAUAUCUGAAUCUGUAGACCGUGUUAAGCGUAUUUAAGUGUACUGUAUGAACGCACAGGAUUACUGAUUAUAGUUAUAAACGAGAACGUGUACUGUAAAAUCUGUUGUAAUUUUCUUAUUAUAAAGGCUGCUGUUUUAUAAAAAUAAAUAAAAAAGAAAAAUAAAUAAAAG